AAGAUAAUCACCGUCCCCUUCACUCUUCUCAAACAAAAACAAAGCCAUAACCAAACUCCUACGAAUUCAUAGCCCAAAAGAGAAGGGAAAGAAAAACAGAAGAAAUAUAUUUAUGUAUUCAGAAUAGAAUAGAAUAGAAUUGAAAUUCAAUACAGAUUCUUCUUUUUUAGCGAUUCAAUUACAGAACUCGAAAGUUCGAUUGUUGAAGGUAAUGGUGUUAAAAAAGCAUUGAUUAAAAGAAUUGCAGCUGUAUCGGAUCGGAUCGGAUGGACAAGAAUAAGAGCCGAACCGAUCUGCUUGCUGCCGGUCGCAAAAAGCUUCAACAAUUCAGACAGAAGAAAGAUGGUAAAGGUGGUAAAUCAAGUAAAGCCAGUAAAUCUGGCAGUGAUGUUACUCUAGAUCUUGUUAACGUGACGGCAAAGUCAGAUCAAGUUCCCGAUGAAGAAAAAACACUUCACAGAGGUGAUGGUACUCCUACUUCCUCGGAGUCACUUACCGGAAAGGAUGUCUCAGCAACACAUGCUGAAGCUCCUCCUCUUGAUGAGUCGCUCAACGUUGAAACAGUUGAAAUGACAUCAGCCAGUGGUAAGCUGGUAAAAGAGGAUGCUGGUGAACCUGAAGCUUCUUUGAAUUCAGAUUCUGGCGAUCGGGAUAUUGUUGGUUCAUCUUCAAUUUCUGAACAUGCUAAUGCCAAAAUGUUAAUCGAAGAUGUAACAGACGCUUAUUUGGAAGCUCCCAGAAUUAUUGCUUCUGAUGUGUCCGCUAAAAGUUCCGCAACGGAUGUGCCUGUUGAUUUCUCCUCUUAUUCCAGUGUUGAUGAAGCAGUUGCUCACCAAGUAGAAGUGGAAAGGCCGCAUGUACCGGAGCAGGUAUCAGAUGUAGGGACAAUGCAGGAAUCACAUAAUUCAGGUUCGAAGCAAGGUGAUUCAAGCAGUGAGGUAGAGAUUGAAGGAGACAAGAAGCUCCCUUUGAACGAAUCAACUGAGACUUCUAUUAGCCAGACAGCCACUCUAGUGGGAGAUGAGGGCAAUGAGGAAACAAAAGCUGAAUACAUUCAACUCAGCGAGCCAAAUAAUGUUCCACCAGCUGUUUUAGCAACUCAAAAUGCAGAAAUAGCUGAGGACAGUGGUCAUCAGAUGGAAGAUGCAGCUUCUGGUUUGCACGAGGAAGAAAAACUAGAAAGGCCUUCGAGUGAUGGUGAAUAUGAAAAUUACAGGGAUGAUGUUCGAAUUUCUGACUCCAUAGAUAUUGUUUCUGAGGAUUCUGUAAAAACUAAAAUGGUGAACAUCUCAUCGAGGUCAGAUGAAAGUUAUAUUAGCUUGUAUCAGCUGGCGGAGGUGGUACGAGACCUCGAUGAAGAUGGCUUUAGGUUCUUGCUCACGUGCAGAGAAUCAGCUCCAAAUGCACCUUCUUUGAAGCUUUUUGACAAUUUUGAGAAGCUCAAAGAACAGCUAUACCUAGCAAGUCUUGUAAAAGAUGUCUCUUGUUUGCAGAUAGCUGAAGAGUCAGAACUUCAGAUGGAACUCAGUCGUCAACAUCAUACGUUGACCGAUCAAAUAUCUGCGGCCAAAGCUUCAUUGAAUGACCUUGGAGAGAAGAAUGAUAUCCUUGCUGAUCAGCUUGCGCAGUUGAGAACUGAAUUUCUAUUGAUAGUAUCUGAAAGGGAUGGCCUCCAAAAGCAGGUUCACGUUUCUAAAGGUGAGGUUGGAGAACUUUCUGAAAGAAUAAAUGAAUUGCAGACUAAUUUGGAAACAUCACUUGGUGAAAAUGCAAGUCUGUCUUCUGAGAUGGUUGACUGCAGGAAUUUGGUGGCAACUUUACAGGUUCGAAAUGAGAGCUUAAUAGGAAGCCUUAAUUUGCUAUCUGAAGAGAAUAAGAAGCUUUUGGAGGAGAAGGAGAAUCUUGUUUUUGAGAAUGAAAAACUGGGAACAGAGCUAGCACAGUCUAAAACUUUGUUCGGAUCACUGCAGUUGGAAAAUGCGGAGUUGUCAGAGAAUUUCACUUCUUUGAGUGAGGAGAAAAGGAAACUUGAUGGAGAGAAGGAGCACCUACUCAGUGAGAAUGAGAAACUGCUUGCUCAAAUGUCGGAUCACAAAAAUGUUGUAGAAGCUCUUCAGGUUGAGAACAAGAACGUAAAUGAGAUUUUGAUAUCUGUAAAAGAAGCGAAAAAACAGCUUCAGGAGGAAAAACAGUCUUUGCUCAGUGAAACUGAGAAACUAGGGUUGGAAUUUAAGGAGUCCAAGUCUCUAGCUGAAGCUCUGCAGAUGGAAGUGGCCGAAGCAAAAGGGCAUUUGAUGGAAGAGAGAAACAAGCUUGAGGAGCAGAAUAAGUAUUUUCUCUCCGAGUCUGAGAAACAGUUACUUCAGUUGGCAGAAUAUAAGAACUCGUGCAAUAAGGUGGAAGAUGACCUGAAAGACUCAACUCUGCGUAUUGAACAACUAACCGAGGAGAACAUGCAUCUGAAGAGAAGCUUGGAGUUGUUUGAAACGAUGAAGACAGAGUCACCUAACCAAAGUAGCUUUUCAUAUCAAUCUAGGGAAGCUGGACCUCAACUUGAAGUUUCUUGCCAGUCUAGCUCUGCACCCGCAAAUCUGAUUGAUGAUGAUGGUUCAAAAUGGUUUGGAGUUAUGAAAAGACACGAGGAGGAGGCAGAGAGAGUACUUGAAAAACUUGAGAAAGCAAUUGGAGAUAUGCACUCUCAGUCAGCUUCUAUGAGUAGGUCAUCUGGUAAAGCGGUUUCACCUGGUGUGUCAAAACUUAUUCAAGCUUUUGAGCCAAAGGACCAUGAUGACGAGCACCAUCCAGAGGAGCUUCAGUCAUUUGAAAAUCAAACAGAUGCAGGUCCCUAUGUGCUAAUUCAAGGGCUAACAAAAACAUUAAGAGCGUUGCUGAAAGAUUUGGUGUUGGAAGCUGGCAACGGCUACCAAUCUCUUGAGGGAGCGAAGAGCUGCAAAACAGCCGCUGUGGUUGCUGCUGAAGAACUCAGGGCCAAAUGCCAGUCUAUGAAUGAACAUAUUGAUCUUUUGGAAGGAGCAAACAUUGAGCUAAUGGUUUUCAAUGAAUCUUUAGGGGGAUGUUUCUGGAAUGCUAAAGAAAAGGAGGGAGAACUUAUGGUCCUAAAUGAAGCUUUGCACAAGCAAGAAGUCGCCGCAAAAUCUGAGAACAAUAAGUUAAGGGGGAAUCUUAGCAGCUAUCAGGAAAAACUAUCUAUUUUGCAAAAUCAGCUGGGUGAAAUGCGUGAAAGCUGCAAAGAAAUGGGUUCUGAUAUCUCUAAUCAGGUAGAAGCUCUUUAUAGGGAAGUUGCUGACAGAGGAUUAAUAUUUCGAGAAGAAUGGAACUCUACAAUUGAUCAGGUUUUUCAGACACUUCGGAGGCUAGAUUUGUCUGUUGAGACUGUUGGCUCCUCUUCGCCGUCAGGAAUAGACCCUGGUCUAGGGUGCAUAAACUUAAGUAGCCGUACUGCUGCAUCUAUCGAUGCUGCCAUCAAUGUGAUUGAGACAUUGCAGGAUCAAGUUGAAGCUUCUCGCCAUGAGUCAGUGAGUACCUCCCGUGAAGUCAAUGAGAAGUUAGACUUCCUGCAAGUUGAAAAUGAAAGGUCUGCCAGUCUUUUGCAUAAGAUUUAUAGUAACCUCAAGAAACUUGUGAAUGAAAAGCCAGGGCAUCUACAAGAAGCUGAAGUUGACGAUCCUGAGAAAUCAGUAGAUCUUUCUCAUCCUGGUGCUUUUGAUUCCCUACUGGAGCAGUUGCAAAAGUUUCUUGAUGAGAAAGAACAAGUUGAAUUUGUAAAUGGAAAGCUGAAGUCUGAGUUGAUGGCCAGGACAAAAGAUUUUGAAGAACUGAGCAAAAGAUCCCUUGAAUCAGAUUCUAUUUUAAAGAUGGUUCAAGUGGUUGAAGGAGUCAUUGCUUUAGAUAGCUUUGAAACCAACAUUAAUGACCCAUUAUCAUGUCUAGAGUCGCUGAUCUCUCUCCUAGUUCAGAAGUGUAAAGAGGCAACUGAAGAUGCGAGGUUGUCCAGGAAGGAAUAUGCUUCCAAGGAAGCACAAGUGAUUGAUCUGCAGGGACAAAUGGAUCACUUGAGCUUAUUACUUGUUCAAUGUGAAAAUGAAGUUGUUGUCCUUGGGGAAAGUUUGAAGAGAGCUGAGGAAGAGGUUGUAGCUAUUGGCUCGCAGUAUCAAGAGAAAGUUGCUGAUAUUGAACAGUCUGAGCAACGGGUGUCAGCUCUAAGAGAGAAGCUUGGCAUAGCAGUCACCAAGGGCAAAGGUUUGAUUGUGCAGCGUGACAGUCUUAAACAAUCUCUUGCAGACACAUCCUCUGAACUGCAGAAACGCUCUGAGGAGUUGCAAUUGAAAGAUGCAAGGCUUCAGGAAGUGGAAAUGAAACUCAAGACCUAUUCGGAGGCAGGUGAGCGCAUGGAAGCUUUGGAAUCUGAACUUUCAUACAUUCGCAACUCUGCUACUGCAUUAAGGGAGUCAUUCCUUCUCAAAGACUCUGUUCUUCAGAGAGUAGAGGAGAUUUUAGAAGAUUUGGAGCUUCCAGAGCAUUUCCAUUCAAAGGAUAUCAUUGAAAAAGUUGAUUGGUUGGCAAAGUCAGUUGCUGGGAACUCUUUGCAUCUGGCUGAAUGGGAUCAGAAGAGCUCUAUUGGAGGAUCAUACUCUGAUGCUGGAUAUGCACUCACUGAUGGAUGGAAAGAGGCGGCACAGUCAAACUUGGGAUCUUCCGAAGACCUUAGAAGAAGAUUUGAGGAGCUCCAGGGCAAGUUUUAUGGGUUGGCAGAACAAAAUGAGAUGCUUGAACAAUCCUUGAUGGAAAGAAACAACCUUGUGCAGAAGUGGGAAGAGAUCUUGGACGGGAUAGAUAUGCCUUCACACUUGAGAUCUAUGGAGCCAGAAGAUCGGAUUGGUUGGUUAAUGCUUGCGUUUUCAGAAACUCAAAACCAGUACAACUCUCUCCAACAAAAGUAUGAUAAUUUUGAAUCAUCAUUUGCAUCAGCCAGCGCUGAACUGGAAGAGUCACGCAGAAAAAUAUCCGAGCUUGAGAGUGCAUAUCAAUUGGUUGUCAGUGAGAAAGAGUUGCUUUUGAAGAAUUUGGAGUCUCUUAACUUUGAUUAUGAGGAAAUGUCAAGGAAAACUGCCCAAUCUGACAUAACUAAUGAUGAUUUACGGAGCAGAGUAGGUGACUUGCAGAAGAAACUGAACGAAAUGCUCGGAGCAGAGGAGCGUAUUCAUCAUCUUGAAGGUGAAAUAAGAAGAUUGGGAGAUAUGGUCAAAGAUGUCCUUCGGAAUUCUGAGACAGAUGAUGCGUUAUUUAGCUCUGGUAGCACUGAAGCUUUGGAACAGCUGCUUAGGAAGCUUAUAGAGAAGUAUACCGCUCUUUCUUUACCUUCUGAGUCUGAGUUAACACUUGAGCAUGUUGAUAAAGGGGCUGAUCUCUCUCAUGAAGAAAAUAGAGAAAGUAAUGUCAGGUGUGCUGAAGAUGCAGAUGGAGGUGCUCUCAGCAGAAAAUUGGAGGAUGCUCUCAGCGACUUGUUGUCCUUGAAGGAGGAGAGGGAGAAUAUUGUGUUGGCUAAUCAAUCAUUGGUUCGUGAACUUGAAGAAUUAGGUAUCAAAAAUAAAGAACUGCAAGAUCUACUCAGUCAGGAGGAACACAAGUCAUCUUCUUUACGAGAAAAAUUGAAUGUUGCAGUUAGGAAAGGCAAGUCCUUGGUGCAACAUCGGGACAGCUUGAAGCAAUUAAUUGAAGAGUUGAAUGGUGAGGUGGAGCGCUUAAAAUCCGAGAUCAAGUUGCAGGAAAAUGCUAUUUCAGACUAUGAACAAAAGAUAAAAGAUUUAUCUGUAUUCCAGGAGAGGACAAAGACCGUAGAAUCUGAAAGCUCAUUCCUGAGAGAUCAAUUGGCAGAAAAAGACUCUACCUUGAGCAUGAUUUUGAGUGCCCUGGAUGAUGUUAAUGUUGGGUCUAACAUUGGUAAUCCUGUCGAGAAGCUAAAAACUGUUGGGCAAUUAUGCCAUGAUUUGCAGUCAGCUCUUACUUCUUCCGAACAUGAAGCAAAAAAAUCUAAAAGAGCAGCUGAGCUACUUCUUGCAGAGUUAAAUGAGGUGCAAGAAAGAAAUGAUGGGCUACAAGAGGAGCUAACAAAGUCUCACAGUGAACUCUUUGAACUGUCCAAGCAAAAAGAAUCUGCUGAAGUUGCCAAACAUGAGGCUCUUGCACAUUUAGAAAAGCUAUCUUUUGCUCACUCAGAAGAAAGAAAGAACCAAUUAGCUGAAAUCACGAUGCUAAAAUCUGGUGUGGAUCAGCUAAGGGAGGAUCUCUUUGUAUUUGACCGUUUGCUCAAUGAUGUUCUAUCCAUGGAUUUGGAGACUAUGCGCAAUCUCAGUUCUAGUAUGAAAGUAUGCCUAGAAUCAACUGAUCAAAAUCACUUUCCUCUACUUGUGACUGAUGCUUCAAGUGGCCUUAACUUUGCAGAAGCGGAAAACAAGGUUUUCAAUAAAGAAAUUGGUUCUAUCAACGUAAAGUUAAACAGGCAUUCCCGUUUAUUGCAUGAAGAAACUGCCCAUAUAUCUGAAAUAUUAAGAACCAUACAUAAAGAAAUAUCCUACCAUAUGCAGCACUCAAAUUCGUUGAAGACAGAGGUGAUGCGGUUAGAAUCUAUUCAAAAGGAGAAAGAUGCAGAAUUGUUUACUGUGCAAAGAUACAAUUCUAUGCUUUAUGAAGCUUGUACCACUUUGGUCAUGGAAAUGGAAAGCAGAAAAUCCGAAUUGGCUGGAAACAGCUUAGCUACUGGAGCUUCCAGAAUCAAUUCAGUGUAUCGAAGUUUAGCUGAAGGAAAUGAUUUAGCUGAGAAGACUGACCAGUUUUCUGAGGAAGGUAUUAGGUCAGUAAUAGAGAAGUUAUUCAUGGCUGUGAAAGAUAUUAUGAGUCUGCAAAGUGAUAUUGCUGAAGUUGGCCAAAAGGAUAUGCGAGCUGCUAUAUCGAAUCUUCAGAAAGAACUUCAGGAGAAGGAUAUACAGAGAGAAAAAAUAUGCGCAGAACUUGUUAGUCAGAUUAAGGAAGCUGAAUCUGUUUCAAAGAGUUAUUCACAAGAGCUUCAAAUAGCAAAAUCUCAGAUGAAUGAUUUACACAGGAAGGUGGACCUGAUGGAGGAGGAGCGAGAUUCUCUGGCACACAGGAUAAAAAAACUGCAAGAUCAGGAGUCUAGCUUUGCUGACUUACAGUUAAGAGUUAAAGCACUUGAAGACAUGCUAGCUGCAAAGGAACAAGAAAAUGAGGCACUGAUGCAAGCACUUGAUGAGGAGGAGGCCCAAAUGGAAGACAUGACAAACAAGAUUGAAGAAAUGGAGAGAGUCCUACUUCAGAAAAAUAAAGAUAUGGAGAACCUUGAAGUUUCCCGGGGGAAGACUAUGAAGAAGCUUUCUGUUACAGUAAGCAAAUUUGAUGAACUUCAUCAACUAUCUGAAAGCCUUUUGUCUGAGGUUGAGAAUCUUCAGUCACAAUUACAAGAGCGAGAUACAGAGAUUUCUUUCUUGAGGCAAGAAGUUACAAGAUGCACUAAUGAUGCAAUAGCUUCUGCUCAGAUGGGUAGCAAAAGAAAUACUGAUGAAAUCCGUGACUUUUUGACAUGGGUUGACAAGAUGAUUUCCCGAGUCCAGACGCAUGAUAUGAAUUAUGAUGAUGCAAAAAUUAACCAGAUUCAUGAAUAUAAGGAAAUGUUAGAGAAGCAGUUCGUGUCUGUGGUAUCUGAGCUGGAGGAUCUGCGUGCACUGGCACAGACGAGAGAUUUAAUGUUGAAAGUAGAGAAAGAUAAAGUAGAACAGCUGGUUAGGAAAGAAGAAUUUCUUGAGAACUCUUUGCGUAACAAGGAAUCUCAAUUAACCAUGCUUCGAGGGGCCAGUGACAUGGGGCAACUAGUAAAUUCUACGUCGGAAAUUAUAGAGAUAGAGCCAGUGGCCAACAAAAGGGUAAUGCCUGGAACUGUUGCAUCUCAAGUUCGCAGUUUGCGCAAAACUAAUAAUGACCAAGUAGCUGUUGCGAUAGAUGUGGAUCCUGAGAGUGGGAAACUAGAAGAUGAAGAUGAUGAUAAGGCUCAUGGUUUCAAGUCGCUAACGACAUCAAGGAUUGUCCCACGGUUUACAAGACCCAUAACUGACAUGGUCGAUGGUCUAUGGGUAUCUUGUGAUCGGACAUUGAUGCGGCAGCCUGUUCUACGGCUUAGUGUGAUCAUCUAUUGGUUUGUGUUGCAUGCUCUUCUUGCGACAUUUGCAGUAUGAGAAGAAUAGGUCCGUUGUCUGAUUUUCUCACUGUGAUUAGUUGUGGAGUCACGGCAAGAUAGUGCACUGAUGUCUUCACAAUUUUCUGUAAAUCAUCCAAGUUAGUUUGGCUAGAUUUUGGCUGAUAAUUCAUUAUUUUGCUCAACCAGGAAUUUGUGAUUUGUUAUGUUUUUUUGUGAAUCACGUUCUUGGUUGUAUUCAUAUAGGCAAUCCGUAGCAGUGUAUCCAAAUAUGAGAUUUCAUAGCAGUAGGGGCAUAUGGAUUGGAAAAUUAGUUUAGUGACAGCAGAAUCGAAGAUCUGUAAUUUUUUACUAGUACCCAUUUGUUACAGUUUUUUCUUAAUAAGAAAUGUGUAGGUUGCUUCUUGUACUACAGCUUUGCUUUCGUGUCCUUAUAGUAUUAGGUUUAGGUGCAGCGACAUACACAAGAAUUUGAGCAUAAAAAUGUUGGAAUUGACCUCUGUUAACAUGAGUUCGAUUUUGGUGGGGA